AUGGCAGACACGGCGCCGAUCUCCGUCGAUGCCGGCACCGGCAGCACCGCACCCGCCGCCGAAGAGCGGCCGGAGAUCUCUGGGGACCCCCUGACGGGCACCUUCCAUAGAAGCGCAGCCUCUUGCCCAGGACUGCGAGAAAUAUCCUCCCAUAUGCUCUGCAGCGUCUGCGUAGGUGCCUCCGGGAACCUUCCCUUGUCUUCGCAAAUUCCUCCCCUUCAACCCCCGUCUUGGGAUCCUACUUCCCCCACCCCACCUCCUGUUUAUCGCCCGAUCCGAUCUCCAGCCAUUAACGCCCCCAACCACUCCCAGACCGCGAUUAUUCUCUCCCCCGUACCACAUCCACAGCCCGUCGCUGUCCUCUCGCUGCCACACGAAUUCGUGAUCCCUGUUAAGCGAAUUACUUCUCCCGACGACAUCCGCCACUUCCACUCGUCAGCUUCUGGCCAGAACUUCCUUGGCUUCGUCGCCGCACUAUCCCAGUCCGUCCUCCGCAAGAAGAUCUCCGAUCCCCUUCCCGUUCCCCUCUCCCGCAGCCUAGAGUCUCUCUUGGCCUUCCUCGAUUUACUAUCCGUAUGGGUGGACGAGAUUCCCCCAUUUCCUCACCCGGGCCGCUAUGGGAACCCUGCCUUUCGUAUGUGGCACCAACGCCUACAGGAUACGGCUGAGCAGAUGGUCGUCGGCCUCCUCCCCGGUGGCGAUCUCAAACCGAUUGCUGCAAUAGAGCUUGUUCCCUACCUACUCGAUUCAUUUGGGAAUUCCACACGAAUCGACUAUGGGACAGGGCACGAGACUAACUUUGCCGCCUUUAUAUAUUGCCUUGCGAGGCUCGGACUUCUCCACGAAGAAGACUACCAGGCUUUGGUGCUCCGAGUAUUCGUGAAGUAUUUGGAGCUAAUGAGGAAGCUGCAGACGGUGUACUGCCUUGAACCUGCGGGUUCACAUGGUGUUUGGGGCCUCGACGAUUAUCACUUCCUACCAUUCAUCUUUGGCUCGGCACAGCUAGUUGAUCACAAGUACAUGAAACCCAAGUCAAUACAUAAUCACGACAUAACUGAGAAUUUCUCAAGGGAUUACAUGUAUCUCGGGUGCAUCGAGUUUGUGAAGAAGGUGAAAAAGGGGUUGUUUGCAGAGCACUCACCAAUGCUGGAUGAUAUUAGUUCCGUUGCCUCAUGGGCAAAGGUGAACAGCGGGAUGCUGAAGAUGUACAAAGCAGAAGUGCUGGAGAAGGUGCCGAUAAUGCAGCAUUUCCUUUUUGGGUCGAUUAUCAAAUGGUAAGUUCAAUGAAACAUGUGAAUGAAAAUAUUGAUUUUCAGAAUCCUAGAAAUAUCAGUCUUUUGUUGAAACUAUUGUUUAGAAGGUUGGUUUAUUGUUCUAUAACUUUCAGUAGUUUUUUUACUUUCGUUUGGUAGUAUGCACGAAUCAUUUUCUCUAUGACAUUUAUAAAUAUGCAAUAACAAACAACAAGGAAUUAGGAUCUGUACAACGAAUCAUGUCCUCAGUUUGGUCUGGGUCUUUAGACGGGUAGCAUUAAGCAUAAAUCCCCUCGUUAGUUUAAGCUUGGAUACUCUCACCAAGGCUAUACUAAUUGACUGAUCUUGGUUUAUUUUUUCAUGUUGUUUGUUGGUUUAUUGUGAUUUUAUUAAGAUAAUGGUUACUGCGGAAGGCAUUUUUGCCACGAAAGUAAAAUCAGGGUCUUGUACUUGGUCAUUAACGACAAAUAAAAAUAUUCUAAUUAUACGUGGAGUUGAUUCCCUAACGGCUUGAUUUCAAUCAUUGCUUCUUUUUCACUGAGAUUAUGACAUGAUUAAAUUAAAAUUUCUGUACACAGAUGUAUGAAAAAGACAGAAUUGUCACCUUUCGGAAUCCUCAAAUUUCUCCAGAACAUACAUCAGAGCAAGUCGAUGGAAAUUGAGAUGCGUAAUUGUCAAGUAUACUUAAAUGAGCCUUCUAUUCAUCAAAUCUACUCUCCAGAUUCCCUCAGAAUUAUCACCUUUCGGAAUCCUCAAAUUUUCUUUUGCCUUUGAGGAUUCUGAAAGGCGAUAAUUCUGAAAGAAUCUGGAGAAUAGAUUUGAUGAAUAGAAGGCUCAUUCCGAAAGGUGAUAUUAUAAGAAUUCAUCUCUGUUGUAUCUUCUGAACGCUUUCACAUGGAGAAUGGGGAAUGCCAUCACUUAUUGACCUACAUGUUUUUUGGGAUAUUAUGAAUUUCUUCAAAGCAAUCACAGGAUGUAUGCAAAUUUUUCUUGCAAGCGUAGAUAGCCUGUUUCAAUCUGAAUGACUCAAAAAUAAAUAAACGGGAAGGUUGCAUUUAUGGUGUCGCCUAGGUAUUUCAAAAUAUGUCACUUUCUGGUUUUUCCUAUUGCAAUACUGCUGCUGAGCAUGAAAUAGAUGCCAGUGAAUAA